AUGGCGCCGGCAACCGAUGAACUCUCUGCACCCGGUGCAGGUCUUAACCAUGAAACCAUGCGUUACAAUGGCAUGGGAAACAGAUUUUCUACACUUACACAAUAUCAUGGCCUUGUACUAGCACAUGCCGUUUUGGGAACGAUAAUAUUCCUCUUUCUCAUCCCUUUUUCUGUCAUGACUGCCAGAUUCUAUUCAAGGCGUCCCGGCUGGGCCAUCAAAUACCAUGGCCAACUCAACGUCUUUUCCGGCUUGUUGCUGGUGCCUCUCUUUAUCCUGGGCUACUUUGCAGUCGGGCCAGAACGAAGCUUGACGAACCCACAUCAUGGGAUCGGUGUCGCCAUAUUCACUCUAUUUCUGGUGCAACUUAUGGGCGGUUGGGUCGUGCGAAGGGUGGCCAAGUCCGUCUCAUUACGCAUCAUGAUUCACCAAUGGUUCGGUCGAGCGAUUGCCCUCUUGGGCAUUACUCAGGUUCCGCUCGGACUCACCUUGUACGGCUCACCGCUCUACCUAUUCAUUCUUUAUGCUGUCUGGAUGUUCAUUCUCUUUAUUUUGUACUUCAUCCUGAGUUGGCGGUCUGCUUCUCACAGAGACUACUAUAUGGGUGGAGCACGCUCAGAAAUGCGGUCUGAGUUGGCGCCAACAGAAGAUACACGCACUCGAUAUACAGAGUCUGAAUAUUUCUCAGAGUACAAAUCGGAGCCUCCUAAGAGCAAAGCCAAAUGGCUAGGCCCAUUUAUCGCACUCGGUGGACUCGCAGCCCUGGCCAGAGGACGAAACAAGAAUAAGAACCAAGAAAGUGGCAGUCGAGUCCGAAGUCGAUCCCCUUCCUUUGAUCGCAGCCAAAGACCAGAGGUUCUUCCCUCUAGGACCGGAUCAGCUAGCUACCUCACUGGACACACCGGGGAAAAGUAUUCCGAUGUAACGCGGAAGGAUAACGGCGGAACUGGGGCCGGAGGUGGAAUGGCAAAGUUCUUGGCCGUCCUGGGACUCGGAAAACUGUUCUCCAAAAAGAACCGCACGCGCGAUGAAGACUACUCAGAGUAUUCUGCAGUGUCGACUGAAACACCCAGACGCCAUCGCGCAACCGCAAGCGCUCCCACUAUGACUGACUUUACCAGGACUGAUUUCACCAGCGAUGUGACACCCAAUAAUAGAAGAGAGCCCGAUAUCACCCGUACUUCGCUACUGCCACCCUCUGGAAAUCGCCCGCCACCUCCCGCAAUGUCACAAAUGCGGAGCGCCGCUGAUGGAAGUUAUACCGAGACUGCCCUGAGCUCCCCUCCUCCAUCUGUGACCCCUCGAGGCAAACGAUACCCGCCAAAUUCAGGUCGUAGCUUCUUCGAAGAGUCAGACUAUUCUUCCUAUGUCAGUCCUUCUCGGCGACCCCAGCCUGAGAAAUCUGGUGGUGGGUUUGCGAAAGGACUGCUGGGUGGUCUUGGUUUCGGAUGGUUUGCGAAGAAGAUGGCGGACAGGAGGGCAGCAAAGGAAGAGCAACGCUUACGUGAUGAAGAGGACUUGAGAUCCGGGACAUCACUGUCCAGGUUUACCGGCGGCGACGGACACGACUCUCCCACGAGACGAGACAGCCGCCGGCCCAUCGAACGUCGACAGACAGGCUACCCUCCCACGGACACGCUUCUAUCAACCGAGAUGUCGGAAUCGACCAUUGAGCCCCGGCCUGCACGAGGUAACUACGUCCCACCUACUGAAAUGAGCACUUUACCCCCGCAAUCAAAUCUCCCACCCGUGGCCGGCCGCGCAGGAAACCACUCGAGACGCAGCAGUGAGCAUGUCUCAAUGCCUGCGAUGCCACCUGAUCCCCACGGUAUCCUGGCACCCACUGAAACCACGGCCUCAGGAAUAUCCCCAGGAUCUCGGGCUCAGCGGUCCCGUCAAGGCCGGCCCGGUGACCGAGAUACAUCAAGACUUGCCCCAGGCGAGGAAGAUUCGCGUUACGAACGCUAUGCAUCCCCAGCCAGUGUCAGUGUCAAGAUGAAGGUACAUGAUGAUAAAGACAGGAACGUGACCCUCCGACGACUUACAGAGGAGGAAGCGAAGGCAGCGCGGGGCCGAAGAGACUCUGUCAGCAGCAUCUCUGGAAUAGAGUCGCCCUCGUACCGCCGACGUUACCGAAGGGACUCCAGCCAAAAGCGAGCUGAGACGGCUGCCGAGCGAAGAGCUGAAGAGGAGGAUGCCAUGCCGCCUCUGUCCCCGCCGAACCCUUCCUUUGCGAAGCAAAAACGACGAGGCAAAGAUUCCGCAUAUUACUCCGGACAACCUACGCAGGCACAAACGCCGGCGUCACUACUGCCAGGUGCCUCGGCCCAGUUUGGCCAAACCGUGUCUAGUUUGGCUGAGAGCCACGGCACUUGGAGUGGUAUCACUCCAUCUGUCAACACCUCACCCCCUGGACCUGCUGGGGAAGGGCCAGUUGACGGAUCGGCCACAGCAGAAAAUCGACGACAGCGGCGUCGACUUGAAAGGAGACGUGCAAGCGGACCUACUGCCGAACCACCUGCCACUACCAAUGUCGACAUGUUUGACUAA